UACAUGUGCAUAGUCGGAUUUAUCCUGAAGACGUUGCACGCUUUUAAAUAUUCCGGAUUGUAAAAGGAAAAACCCAACUCGGUAUUUUCAAGUACGAGAUGCAAUGGACAGAUUGCUUGGUUUGUCCCUGAUAUCAGGUUCUGUGACGUUUGGAGUUUACUACACAAUGUGGGUUAUCAUUCUGCCGUUUGUAGAAAAGGAAAGCUUACUGCAGAAUUUUUUCCCGCCAAAAGUAUUUGCAGUGGCCAUCCCUCUCUUGAUUGGAGUUAUCGGUCUGAUUGUGAUAGGAUUAUUCGCCAGUGUAACGAUGUUACAGAAAUCACGUGCAAGAAAACGCAAAACUUCAUGACUGUUUAAGUUUCAUUUUCCCACUUGGCCAACAUGACAAUACCCGACCAACUGAGCUUAGUUGUCAAACACAUGCAGAAGGAGGGACUUUUUUCCCAUGCCUAAUAAAGAUACAUGGUAUUCAUAAAGAUCUCAUAUAUAGAUCUCAUACUAAAUAAACAGUGAAAGGCUUUAUAUAACAAACUUUGUAUUAAAAAUAAAGUGUCAAAGUAAGACUUA